UCCCACAUCAACUGAAACAAUGAAGCAAAAUAACAGUGUCACUGAGUUCAUCCUGUUUGGAUUGACACAAGAUCCGCUAAGGCAGAAAGUAGUGUUUUUAAUCUUCUUAAUUUUCUAUGUGGGAACUAUGGUGGGGAACAUGCUCAUUAUCGUGACCAUCAAAUCCAGUCGGACACUGGGAAGCCCCAUGUACUUCUUCCUGUUUUAUUUGUCCUUUGCUGAUUUCUGCUUUUCAACUUCCACAGCCCCUAGGCUAGUUGUGGAUGCUCUCUCUCCAAAGAAAGUUAUAUCCUACAAUGAAUGCAUGACACAAGUCUUUGCAUUACAUUUAUUUGGCUGCAUGGAAAUCUUUGUCCUGAUCCUCAUGGCUGUGGAUCGCUAUGUGGCAAUCUGUAAACCCUUGCGCUACCCAACCAUCAUGAGCCGGCGGACCUGCAUCAUCCUGAUCAUUCUUGCAUGGAUAGGGUCUUUUAUACAUUCUACAGCUCAGAUCAUCCUGGCUUUAAGGUUGCCUUUUUGUGGACCCAAUUUGAUUGAUCAUUACUGCUGUGAUCUGCAGCCCUUAUUGAAACUUGCCCGCUUGGACACUUACAUGAUCAAUCUGCUAUUGGUAUCUAACAGCGGGGCAAUUUGCUCAAGUAGUUUUGUAAUUUUAAUGAUUUCCUAUAUCGUCAUCUUACAUUCUCUGCGAAACCACAGUGCAGAAGGAAGAAAGAAAGCUCUCUCCACUUGCACUUCUCACAUCAUCGUAGUCAUCCUAUUCUUUGGCCAGUGCAUAUUCAUAUACACACGCCCGCCAACCACUUUCCCCAUGGAUAAGAUGGUGGCGGUAUUCUACACUAUCGGAACACCCUUUCUCAACCCACUCAUCUACACUCUGAGGAAUGCAGAAGUGAAAAACGCCAUGAAAAAGUUAUGGCAUGUCAAAAUCACUUCAGAAAGCAAAAGAUGAAUUGAGGGCUUGACCUGAUGAGUUAUGGAGUCAUGAUUAGACUAAGUACAGACGUCAAAGGGGACAGUGU